AUGGACAUCGAUGCUGAACGUGCUACAAAAAAACGAAAGCUUGGUACUGCAGGAACACCGAAACUAUCACAGGGUGCCCCGGCCGAAUCGUCGUUCGCUAAUGUGCUUCAGCGAUUGAAGGAGGAAUCGGGGGAUGCCCAUGCUGCCGAGGGUGGUGCAGAUUGCUGGCCCCGGCCACCAGCGCCGACGAUUAACCCUCAGAAGGAUUCUAUAAUCUUUCAACAAAUCGACGUGGAAGAUGCAUAUGAUGGUCCUACUCCUACCUUUCGGAUGUAUGGAACAACAGAGCAUGGGCAUAGCGUCUUAGCGGUGGUCACUGGCUUUCUUCCAUACUUCUACGUCCCAGUGCCUCGAGGCUUUGCCGAGGAUGAUUUGGAGAGCUUCAAGUCAUAUCUCAAUAGCAUAAUGGACGACCCAAGGACGGUGCAGCGUAUAGAAAUCAUCAAGCGCAAGAGUUUAUGGGGAUAUUUGGGAGACGAUGUAGUGCCUUUCUUGAAAUUGACGCUUAUACAACCAAGGCUACUUCCGAAACUUAGAGAUAAGUCUCAGGACUUACGAGAAUGUAACUAUCAAGACCUAUUCCCUGGCCCUAUCGCGACAUUCGAGAGUAAUAUUCAAUUCCCCCUUCGCUUUAUGAUCGACGCAAAGGUACUGGGCAUGAAUUGGAUCGAAGUUCUGGCAGGGAAGUACAAGCUUAAGAGCGAUGCCGAAAAGAAAUCUCAUUGUCAGAUUGAAUUCGAAGUGAAAUACGAUCAAUUUAUUUCGCAUCCGGCUGAGGGCGAGUGGUCUAAAAUUGCCCCACUUCGUAUCUUGAGUUUCGAUAUCGAGUGUGCGGGUCGUAAAGGCAUCUUCCCUGAAGCCCGUGAGGAUCCCGUAAUCCAGAUCGCCAACAUGGUUACCCGCCAAGGGGAGCAGAAGCCGUUCAUUCGCAAUGUCUUUACCCUAAAUUCGUGCUCGAAUAUUGUGGGCUCUCAAGUUAUCUCUUUUGACGAUGAGCGCAAGUUGCUGGAAAGCUGGCGGGACUUCGUCCAGGAAGCUGACCCCGACGUUAUAAUCGGCUAUAACAUUGCGAAUUUCGAUAUCCCUUAUCUUAUGGAUCGGGCCAAGGCGCUGGAUGUUAAGAGUUUUCCAUUCCUUGGACGGCUAAAACGUAUCGCUGCACAGGUCAAGGAGACCCACUUUUCGUCGAAGGCUUAUGGUCAACGUGACUCUAAAGACACCCAACUGGAUGGACGGCUUCAGAUGGAUAUCCUCCAAUAUAUGCAAAGAGAAUACAAGCUUCGUAGCUACAGUUUGAAUUCGGUGUGCGCCCAAUUUCUUGGGGAGCAGAAAGAGGAUGUGCACUACUCUGUGAUUACCGAGCUACAAAACGGAACGUCGGAGUCGCGAAGACGCCUGGCUGUAUAUUGCUUGAAGGACGCUUACCUCCCACAACGACUGCUGGACAAGUUGAUGUGUUUCGUCAACUCCAUCGAAAUGGCCCGCGUCACCGGCGUGCCCUUCAACUACCUGCUAUCCCGUGGCCAGUCUAUCAAGGUACUUUCUCAACUGUACCGAAAGGCCAACGAAGAGGGCUAUGUCAUUCCUUGCUACAAAGGCGAAGGCUCUGAGGAACAAUACGAGGGUGCUACCGUCAUUGAGCCCAAGAAAGGGUACUAUGAUACUCCGAUCGCGACGUUGGAUUUCAGUUCCCUGUAUCCAUCCAUCAUGAUGGCUCAUAACCUUUGUUAUACCACUGUUCUCGAGAAGGCAACGGUGGAGCGCCUGAACCUUGUCAAAGAUGUCGACUAUAUACAAACGCCUAACAACGAUCUAUUCGUGACGAAGACUCGUCGCAAGGGUCUCUUACCUACCGUCUUGGAAGACCUCAUCUCCGCUCGUAAGCGUGCAAAGGCUGACUUGAAGAACGAGAAAGACCCUUUUAAACGGGCUGUGCUCGAUGGCCGCCAACUUGCGCUUAAGAUCAGCGCGAACUCCGUGUAUGGAUUUACAGGUGCAACGAUUGGCAAGCUGCCUUGCUUAGCCAUUUCGUCCAGUGUUACAGCAUAUGGACGUCAAAUGAUCGAAAAGACGAAACAGGAAGUGGAAGCUGAGUACUGUAUCAGUAACGGACACUCCCAUAAUGCGGAAGUCAUUUACGGUGACACUGACUCUGUUAUGGUCAAAUUCGGGCCAGGAGACCUUAAGGAAGUCAUGGCUUUGGGUAGUGAAGCCGCUGACCUCGUUACGGCGAAGUUUGUAAAGCCGAUCAAGCUCGAAUUCGAGAAAGUGUAUUAUCCCUAUCUCCUGAUCAGCAAAAAGCGCUACGCUGGCUUAUACUGGACAAAACCGGAAAAAUAUGACAAGAUGGACGCCAAGGGUAUAGAGACCGUUCGUCGAGAUAAUUGCCGCCUCGUGUCCACUGUCAUCGAAACAUGUCUGCACAAGAUGCUGAUCGACAGGGACGUAAAGGGCGCAGAAGACUACACAAAGCGAACGAUUGCAGACCUUUUGCAGAACAAAGUGGAUAUGUCUCAGCUGGUGAUCACGAAAGCUCUGGCUAAAGCAGAUUAUGCAGCGAAACAAGCCCACGUUGAAUUGGCGGAGCGGAUGAGGCAACGAGAUGCUGGCUCUGCACCAGCUAUUGGAGACCGUGUGGCGUAUGUCAUCAUCAAAGGCAUCAAAGGCGCAGCGGCAUACGAAAAAUCUGAAGACCCGCUAUACGUCUUGGAGAAUAACAUUCCCAUCGAUACUAAAUACUAUCUUGAAAAUCAACUUUCCAAGCCUCUGAUGCGUAUAUUCGAGCCGAUCCUGGGAGACAAGGCUUCGUCGCUUCUGUCUGGGGAUCACACUCGUACUAUCCAAAUCGCCACCCCUACCGUAGGGGGGCUGAUGAAGUAUGCCGUGAAGACAGUCACUUGUUUGGGGUGUAAAACUCCUCUACGACCUAACAACAGUGUCAAGAACGGUGCUGUGUGCAAUAACUGUCGCCCUCGCGUUGGUGAAUUAUAUCAGAAACAAGUUACUACAUCGUCGCAGCUAGAAGUCCGUUUUGCUCGCCUAUGGACACAGUGCCAGCGGUGUCAGGGUUCACUUCACCAGGAUGUGCUCUGUACCAGCAAAGACUGUCCCAUUUUCUAUAUGAGAAAGAAGGCACAGAAGGACGUGGAAGAUGCUCAUGCAGUCGUAGAGAGAUUCGAUGAAGAGCUAUGGUAA